AAACCAUAAGCCCAAAUCCCAAAAUCUUUAGCUAAAUUCACGAGUCUUACGCAAGUCAAACAACCUUCAACUCCGCCAUGGACUUCCCCCACAACCAUUCCACUAACUUCCCCUCCCCUUCCUCCUCCUCCACCUCCUCCUCUACUGCCCGCCAACCUCCUCCCUCCACCGCCACCACCAUCACCACCGACAACGAUCCUAUGCACUCCUGGUGGGAAUCCGUCUCUAAACAACGUUCUCGCAUCCUAUCCCUCUCCUAUCUCCUCCCCUCCGACGGAACCACUCUUUCCUCCUUAGCCGAUUCCGACCGCCCCGCUCUUUCUCUCCUCUCCUCUCCCGCCGCUUACUCCCUCAUUUCCUCCGCCCUUUCCUCUCCUACCUCUGGCUCCGGUUCUGACCCUCUCUGCCAAUGGCUCUACGAAACUUUCCAAUCUUCUGAUCCUCAUCUCCGCCUCCUUGUUCUCUCUUUCCUCCCUCUUCUCUCCGGCACCUACCUUUCCCGAAUCCACACCUCGGAUUCUUCUUCCUUCCCUUCCUUCUCCGGCUUCGAAGCCGUUCUCCUCGCCGUUUACUCUUCCGAAGUCAAAUCCCGUUCCGGGAAACCUCUCCUCGUCCAAAUUCCCGACCUCUCUCAGCCCUCUCUGUACCAUGCCCCUCGUAACAAGCCCGCUGACGACAGAUCUAGACAAUCCGUCGGCCUUUUAUCACCUCCGCUCGAGCCACAUUUAGCCGUAAAGUCUACUAAGCGAGCCGUCAUCGUUGGAACCGCUCUUGAUUGUUACUACAAACAAGUCUCUCAAAUGCCGGCUUGGUCUAAGCUGGACUUUUGCACAUUCGCCGCCGCUUGGGCGGGGCAAGAUUGUCCUUGCAGAACCAAAUUGGACGGGGACGAUCUCGAUCACCACGAAAGCGGUAACGGAAACAGUAAUGGGCACGAUCACUUUUUUAGGAAGGAUUCGGGGUUUAGUAACGGAACGAGAAGCCGCGACGGCGACGACGUGGGCACUGAAGAUGAUGUGAUUAAGGAUGUGGUGGUGGAGAUGGACAAUUUGGGUAUCAAUAAAGAAGAUGCUGAGAAUUUGGAGAAAAAGGGUGUGAGAAUCCCUUUACCUUGGGAACUUUUGAGGCCGGUGGUUACAAUUUUGGGUCAUUGUUUGUUUGGUCCUUCCAAUUCAGAAGAUGAAAAGGACGCUGCGUCCAUCGCCAUUAGGUGUCUAUACGCGAGGGCCUCUCAUGAUUUGGCACCACAAGCGAUAUUGGCAUUGCAAAGUCUGAUUAGGCUGGAUAAGAGUGCAAGAGCAGCAGCAAAGGCGGCUGCUACGGUUGUGGCAAACGCGCCUUCGAAUGCUAACACACCCAGCAAGGCUAAGAAGCCAGAAAUCCUUUUGGUUUCCAAGUGAUUUCAAGGUUUGCAUGUGCUGGUAAUGAAUAUGUAUAGUUGACUCUAGUAAUGUAUACUACGUGGAAAAUCAGUUUUACUACUAAUAGUUUUCCUUAGAAUUGAAUUGAUUAUGCAUUUUUCCUUUAAUUAUGUUCUGUAAGCUGUGUAUCAUUGUUCUGGGUUUCUGAUUGGUUGAGAGAAUAUGUGGGUUUCUUAUUUACUUCAACCUAUAGUAUCAGGCUUUCUGCUUUAUUGAUUUGGUAAGGUUGAGGCAGAUGUUGGGGUUUGUUGUGAGGUUGCUAUCAUCUUAUAUUACCACUUCCUUAUCUGUUGACUGCGGCAUCAUAGCUUAUGAUUGGUGUUUUGACUU